AUGACCAGUCGUAAAGCCGAUGUUAUGAUUUUGGUGAUAUACUACGAACACGCUCAACAUCAACACCACUACGACCAUGAGGAAGAACCAGGCUGGGGACCAUGGUCAAGGAGUAUUAUCCCGGAGGAGAACGAAGAGACUGACGCCGAAGUUUCUCCAUACAGAGUCCAAGAAAAAGCACAGAUGUAUCCAACUAAGCCCCUCCUAACUUUGUCUUAA